AUGGUGGACCUUCUUGGGGACCCCUCUGUGGGUGUUGGGGACCCCUUAGAUGAGGACAAGGAGGACAUGGAGUGGGACCCCUGGGGGGGGGCUGGCAGUGACGUCCCCAUCUCCCCCCAGAAAAUGGUGACGGCGCUAGACAAGAACUGGCACCCGGAGCACUUCUGCUGCGUCAAGUGCGGGCAGCCCUUCGGCGAGGAGGGUGGGUGGCCCCCGUGUCCCCCCCGUGUCCCCUCCCGUCCUCCCAGAUCGCCUCGUGGCCCCCUCCCACCGUGUCCCUGUGGCCCGACCGUGCAAAUGGUGACGGCGCUAGACAAGAACUGGCACCCGGAGCACUUCUGCUGCGUCAAGUGCGGGCAGCCCUUCGGCGAGGAGGGCUGCCUGGAGAAGGAUGGCCAGCAGUACUGCCGCCAGGACUUCGCCGAGCUCUUCUCCAGCCGGUGCCGGGGCUGCGGGCGGCCCAUCCUGGAGGGCUACAUCGCCGCCCUCGAGGGGCUCUGGCACCCCGAGUGCUUCGUCUGCCGGGAGUGCUUCGCGCCCUUCGUGGGGGGCAGCUUCUUCGAGGAUGGCGGCCACCCCUACUGCGAGCGGCACUUCCACGCCCGGCGGGGCUCGCUGUGCCGGGGCUGCGGGGAACCCAUCGCCGGCCGGUCGCCCCCCGCCAUGGCCCAACGCUUCCACCCCGAGCACUUCGUCUGCGCCUUCUGCCUCCGACCACUCUCCAAGGGCACCUUCCAGGAGCAGGAGGGCAAGCCCUACUGCCAGCCAUGCUUCCUCCGCCUCUUCGGGUGAGGCCACCGCGGCCCCCCCCAGCGCCCCACUGAUGGUGCCCCAUGGUGCGGGGUGCCCCGCAGAGGUCCAAUGGACACCCCGCGACCACCACGACAAGAACGUCCCACGGGUGCCCCGUUGCGUGGGACGCACCAUUGAAGUGGUCUUCAAGGUGCCCCGUGGUGCCUGGGGGCCUCAUGCAUGGGGAUCUGGCACCCCUGAGGUGCCCCAUGGUGCGGGGUGUCCCGCAGAGGUCCAAUGGACACCCCACGACCACCACAAGAACAUUCCAUGGGCGAACCAUUGGAUGGGGUGCACCACUGGGGUGGUCAUGGAGGUGUCUUGGGGCGCUUGGAGGCCUCAUGCGUGGGACCCUUGAGGUGUGCAGUAGCGUAGGGUGCCCCAUAGAGAUCGAACGGGCACCCCAUGACCAUCCCACGGGUGCCCCAUUGCAUAGGGUGCUCCAUGGAGGUGGUCAUGGCGGUGCCCCCAUGGUGCCUGGGAGCCUCACGUGGGGGUCCAUCACCCCUGAGCUGCCCCAUGGUGUGGAGCGCCUCAUACGUAGCCCAGGGGGGUCCCAUGGGUGCUCCACGGUGCGGUGUGACCCACGGAUCUGGCCAUGGCCUUGCCCUAUGCCAUGGGGUGACCGUGGAUCCGGCCCGGGACUUGCUCCACGGCAUGGGGUGGUCUCCGUGCAUG